CAUUCAGUAGCUUUCUUUUGACAGGGUGUAACUUGAUUCCCAAGGCAACUGUUGCCACCACAAGACACAACACAUACAUCUGUACGUCAGUAUAAUCUCUAGGCAGCACCACAUAGCAAUCAGUAUAUUUAAAUUUGGAUUUUUUUUUUUUUAUGUGUGUUGUUGCAUGUUGAUUUAAUGCUAAGGCAACUACACCUUUAAGAGGAAAAGUAGAGCUCUGGAAGUUCUGAAAGUUUCAUUGGACUCCUCUGGUGUGCGAAUAGAAGUGUGAAGUAUAAGAUGAAACUACCAGCCAUCUCCAUAGCUUCCACACCAGUCUGUAUUCCUCGCGCACCUCCUGUCCGGCAAGGUCGCUGCCUGUUGGAUACAACCGUGAAAUUUCCCGUAAUUUCAGACUCCGCACAGUUUUGGAAAAGCAAUCAGAGUAUUCCCAGAUUGAACCCUUUACACCCACCAUUUGUCCAUAAACGCACCGUCAGUCUGGAGACACCAGAUGUUCACCAACACAACCACCAGAGGACACUGAUCAUGCAGAGAAGAGAGCAUUACAGAUAUCAUCAGGUAUGGCGAAAACCCUUCUAUGGAACCAGCAAUGAGAGAGAAGAGUACAGGAAGGAGUUGCGAGAGCAGCUGAAGAGACAAAUGGAGGAGAAAUGUGCAGCAAUAAAGCUGCAGCUGGCCAAUAAAAUAAAGGAAGCAGAGACUCUCCGAGAAGCAGACCGUCUCGAUCUGGCCAGUGAACGAGAGCAAAGGAUCCAGCACAGCAAAGCAAUGGCGGUGUACAGAGAUGAGAACAAGAGGCUAAUGGAGCAGAGCUGGAGGGACAGAGCACUAACACGUUCCCAGGAGGCCCUGAAUGAAAGAGAGCUGCUGCGCCUCAACCCCAUCAACUGGAGUGGAACACUGAAAUAGGUCAAACCUCCCCGGGAGGUCAAAACGUCAGACUCAGGCCUCACUGUAGCAUGUGUGUCAGGUGGAAAAAUGGGAUCCCAAAUGUACAGUGCAGGAUCACUAAAGGAACUAAUUUUAAAACAUUUUUGGAUUACAUUUGGAUUCUUUCAAUUCACAGUUUUUGUAUCAGGUUAUUAAAAAAAAACAAACAACCUAUCCGGUCUUCGGCAAAUCUUAAAAUCAGGUCAAUACAACCUCAUGUGAACAUAUCAUACAAUGUCAUCAUUUAUUUAAACACAAAUUUAGACAAAAUACAGAAGCAGUGUUUGACAAAGUUAGUACACCCUUAUUACUUCCAUAGAAAUUCAGAAAGUAAGCAACACUAGGUGAGCUGAUCUGUUUCCUCUUAAUUUAUUGAUAACCAGCAAGAUUAUUAGCAAUAAUCUGAGGUAUAUCAGUCAGUAUGUCAGUCUGCCCCAGGGCAGCUGUGGCUACAACAGUAGCUUGCCUCCACCAGUGUGUGAAUGUGAGAGUGAAUGAAUAGUGGCAUUGUAAAGCGCUUUGGGUGCCUUGAAAAGCGCUAUAUGAAAUCCAAUCCAUUAUUAUUAUUAUUAUAUAUAUAUGGUCAUAAAGAGUAUUCAAAAGUGAAAAGCACUCAAUAUAGUUACUAAGCUUUCCAGGAGUGGAUGUUCCAGGAAAUUCACCCCAGGGUCCGACUGCAUAACACUGAGGAGAAACUGUCAAAAACAAAAAGGCUCUGCCGACCUCGGUUAUCAUGUUAAAUGUUAAAGUUCACAACACUAUAAUAAUAAAAAAAAAGACUGAACAGGUAUGACUUGUUUGGAAGGGUGGCCACAUGAAAACCAAACAUCAUUGGUACAAACACUUCAUAUCACCUGUCAAGCACCAUGUUUUGCAGCCACAGGCAAUUUGCAGUUAUUGAAUCAAGCGUGAACUCUUCUGUAUGUCAAAGUACUCUAAAGUCAAACGUGAAGCCACCCGUUUGACAGCUGAAGUUUAGGUGAGUCCAGGUCAUGUGAAAGGACAAUGAUCCCAAGCGCAACAGCAAAUAAACCGAAUGGCUGAAAAAGAGAAGAGUCGAGGUGUUGCAGUGGCCCACAGAAAGUCCAGACAUUGACAGAGCUGUGCAUAAAUAAAUGCCUGCAAACCUCAGUGAUCUGCAGCAAAGAUGCAAUGAGUGGCACAAAAUUCCUCUGAUAGAAUCACACAGAAAAGCAGUUAGUUGAAGUUAUUGCUGCUGAAGAUGGGUUUUACAAAUUAUUGAAUUUCAAAAAAACAAACAAACAAAAAAAAAAAAACAGCUUCUGCAUUUUUACUUUACUUUUUGUCUGAGGUUAUAUUUACAUAAUUUAAGGAGCAGAUUAUUUUGUAUCAUUACAUCCUGUAAAUAAAACCUUAGAACUGAAAGAGUAUGUACUUUCUUUUUAACAUGACUACAUAAUAACAAUGAUAAUGUGUUUUUAUUAUAAAGGUUAACUCGUGCCAAGAGUUUAUCUCAGUGAUGAACUACUCUUGAUUUCCCUGUCAUUUAUAAAUAUAAUGCAACAUGCAAUCACAGGAAAUGUCAGAUCUUUUACCCCUUGUUUUGUGUAUGCAUGUAGGA